GAUUUCCCCUCUCUCUCCAUCUGUCUGAUUAUCCUCCUGUGAGGACCCUUCAUACCUACAUUCCGUUUAUCUGCUUCUCUGCUCCUUCACAUCUGGUGUUUGACGAUGUCCAGCGUGAAGAAAACGACAAAGACUUUCUCAUCAGCCUCUGCAAGCCACUAUGGCUUCAGAGAUAGCACCCCCUUCAACAAGACCUACACCGAGAGCUACAGCUACUUCAGAGGGGCUGGUUUGGGUUCUGGUGCCAGCGUGACCCUUCCAGUAACAGCGGUCACCGUCAACAAAAGCCUCCUGGCUCCCUUGAACCUGGAGAUUGACCCUGAGAUCCAGGCAGUCAGAAUUCAUGAGAAGGAACAGAUUAAGACCCUCAACAAUCGCUUUGCAUCCUUCAUUGACAAGGUGCGUUUCCUGGAGCAGCAGAAUAAAAUGCUAGAGACCAAAUGGAGUCUCCUGCAGGAAAAGACCACCAGCCGCUCCAACGUUGACGGCUUAUUUGAGGUCUACAUCUCCAACCUGCGCAGACAGCUGGAUGGCCUGGGAAGUCAGAAACUGCGUCUGGAGUCUGAACUGAACAACAUGCAGGGCUUGGUGGAGGACUUCAAACAUAAGUACGAAGAAGAGAUCAACAAACGCAACGAGUGUGAGAACAACUUUGUGCUCAUCAAAAAGGAUGCUGAUGGGGCAUUCAUAACGAAGGUAGAGCUGGAGGCUACACUUGAUGGCCUGCUUGAUGAGAUUCAGUUCUUAAGACAGAUCUAUGAACAGGAGCUGCAUGAGCUACAGUCUCAGGUCAAGGACACAUCCGUGAUUGUGGAAAUGGACAACAGCAGGAACCUGGAUAUGGAUUCCAUUGUGGCUGACGUUCGCGCUCAAUAUGAAGAAAUUGCAAACCGCAACCGAGCUGAAGCAGAGAACUGGUACAAACUGAAGUAUGAAGAGCUACAAGUGUCAGUCACUAAAUAUGGUGACAACCUGAAAAGCACCAAAGCUGAGAUCGCUGAACAUACACGCAAAAUCCAGCGUGUGCAGUCUGAGAUUGAUGCUGUCAAGGGACUGCGUUCUAAUCAGGAGGCUCAGAUCACAGAGGCAGAGGAGCGGGGAGAGGUCGCUGUGAGAGAUGCUAGGCUUCGUGUUAAGGACCUGGAGGACGCCCUCCAGAGGGCGAAGCAUGACAUGGCCCGGCAGGUGCGCGAGUACCAGUCACUAAUGAACAUCAAACUGGCUCUGGACAUCGAGAUCGCCACCUACAGGAAACUGCUGGAGGGAGAAGAGAGCAGGUUGGUACGUGGAGUCCAGGCCGUCAGUAUCUCCAGACAGACCUCAUACCAACCCCACCUGCUAGAAAGCAGCAUCGUCUCAGUCCACGGUGCCGAUGCUCGUCCUCGGCUUGCUGUUUGCGACUUUGGUACUACUAACUACACCAGUGCCAGCACCAUCACCCAAACCAAGAAGACCAUCAUUGCAUCACAGGAGACCCGCGCACUGGAGGUGAAGGGAGAUGCUGUGGAUAAACUGGAGGUUGCUGAGUAGUGAUCUCAUUCAGCCUUUUAGAAACCUUGGUUGAUGAAAUCAUUUGGUGCUUGCAAAUAUUAUUUUCCAUAUACAAUCUUAUAAAAGUAGUGUAGUAUAACCCCACAUGAUUCCCUACAUACUAUUCCAUUUGUUAUAAGUGAUUUCUUUGAUAAUUAUACUGUAUACUUAAAAUAACCCUUAUGCAGUUUUCACAUAGGUUCUGACAUUCACCAGUGUUUUCUUAUUUGUGAUACAAAUACAAUGGAAGACAUCAAAAUAAGAGCAUAACAAUUAGCAAUUUAAACAAUCCAUAGGAAGAUUCUGGUGAAUUGAGGCCAAUUUUUUGUUUUUGCAUGUUCUGGCUUAAAAUAUGUGAAAGCCUGUUAUAAUGAACCACAACUUGUUUCCAUUAUAGUGUCCAACAAUAAAGUUAUCCCUAAAAACAUA